AUUGUCUCUCUUUUCCAAAUGGGAUACGUCGGACGAAUUUUGUCUGUUAUAUACACUUUCGUUCUGUGUACCCUCAUAGCUUGCUCUUAUGCUUGGAAUAUAACAACUGUGUUUGGCAACGAUACUGCUCAAGUUGCAUCUUGCAUUGUUGUUAUUAUCACAUAUAUAUUUCUUAUUAUUUUGUGUUCACCUCUACCAUGUAUACGUACACCAGAAGAAGAACAGCUAUCCAUUCAAACGUUUCACAUUAAUCAAGGAUUUAUAGCAGUAACAUCGGUCAUUGCAAAUGUUUUACUUCCAGUGGUCAUGCUACUUGGCCCUAAAAAUGUUUCUAGCAUAAUAAUUUGUCUCUUCAUCUACUGCCUGCUGGUCGAUCAGCUUAUUGGGUUUGCAGUUGAAAUGAUACACUUCGCAUCACCGAUUCAGUACACGUUUCCUAAAACCAUCAAACUCUCUAACCCUCAGAAAUACACAAUUCUCGCAUUCUCGGUUAUCAUGGAAUUUUAUCAUUUUUACAUGUGCUGCUGGAAUAUUUCCUCAAACCUCUGGCCGAUCAAUAUACUUUUAUGUACCGCAAUUAAUAUUAUGGAAAUACCAGCGAUCAUUGUUGCGUUCUAUGCAUAUAACUCUGAUAGAACUCAUUUUUCACGAGUAAAACCUGGAGUUGGGCUGGAAUUGAUCGAGAUCAGGAAAUGGGACACGAAAGCGAGAACGUGGAAAAUUAAUGAGAGUCCUGAUGAGCAUGAGGUUUUACACGUGUGAUUUUCAAAUUUCUUUUUGUUAUUUUUGCGAUCUGUCUGUAAAACCUUUAAAAAAUAAACACUUUGAGACUUU